GUCAGUUCCUCCCCAGUCAUGAACCUCACCGCACGUCACUGGUGCCAGUGUAUCUAAUACAGGCUACUGAGAAAGUUUUACACAUAGUCCUGUGAAAGGUAGUUCACAGUCUUAAGAAAUGUUACAUUCCUUUAUUCCCAGAGGGUGGAAAUUAAUCUGUUUCUAUGCUUCAUUGUAAAUCUCAAAUUUACCAUCUUUAGAUCCCUAAUCCAAGUCUAAAGAGCUAAAUCUUUACACUGAGCCACAGACAGCUCAAUCUUGAGUUAAACAUAUGUAUCUAAUUUAUCACAGGGGACCAUGAUGCUGUGAAAUAUGAUGGGAUUUUAGUAGAAAACUAUUGUGACAGGCUCCCAAAAGGGGGCACAAAUGGAGGCUGACCAAUGGUUAUGUUUGCAUUUUCCAAAAGACUGUUUUAUUUUUACAUUUGGGAGAAAUUCUUGUCCUAUAACGAUUACCUUAGGGACACAAAACAAACACUUCACAAAUCGUGUGCUUUCUCAAUAACUGAGUUGAACGGCACUCAUUCAAGCCCACCUCAACUGCACCGUCCAUCUGUCCUCCCUCGGUUUUAUCUACAAUAAACACAAUGUGUGCAUAUGUGUGCUGUAUCCUUGGCUUCAGCAUAUGGAGGAAAUCAUUUUUAACACGUCCCUCUCACUACAACAAUAACAGAUUAGGUGUAAACGGAUUAGGUGUAAAAAGCUGUGUAGUUCCAGUUAAGCCUCUCCAGCAUUUUAUUUAAUAUUCCAAAAUAUAUAUAUAUAUGAAUCAUUUUCUUAGCCUCUCUAUGUACUAUUUAAGACCCCAGCAUUGCAAUACAAUUUAUUCAUUCACAACUGAGGGAGGCGCCCUAGAGCAAGAAAAAUUGCUGUUCAGGCGUUUAAAGUAUGUCACACUUGGUGAAAAGAGGAGUUCAAGGAGGAUGAGUGUAGGAGUUCAAGGAGGAUGAGUGUAGCGUCAAUCGAAUCACAGCUUCCACGAUAUGUCAUCGUUAAUACAAGGGAAGACUUACUGUAAUUUAAGGUUGUUACAAAGCUCAUGAGAACAAUUACAAGCAAUAAAGAAAGAAGGACAAGAGAACUUGUGCAACACAUUAGUCACCUUCAAACAUUAACACACGCAAUUUACACAAUAUUGAAUCAUUUCUUCUUGUAAUGCAUUUACGUUGCUAAGAUUAGUCUGCUCCGUUGAUGAGAAUUGAGUGUGAUACUUUCCAUAUAUGUUCUGUAAAGCGCUUUGUUACUGUGACACCUGUUGAUGUAGCUUAUUGUGUUUACAAAUAUUAUCAAUAUCCAAGCCAUUUGGUCAGUUGCAGGUAACUCGUCGUCUUUGAUACAGUUGUAACAAAUGCAUGAUGUCAAUAUAGAUGUCAAUAUACAAAAACAGCGAAAUUCAAUCGAGACACGUGAAGAGAGAAAAGGAAGUGUCAGCUGAGGGAUGAUAACUACAACAUUGUGGGGGAGUGUCCCACACACAGUCUUCUGUUGCUCUUGAGUUGUUUCUUCCCUGUGUCAUAUUCAUUUCCUCCUGACAUGAGCUUGUUAAAGAAAGCAAUAUUGGUGGCAGUCGGCAGGAUAUCUGCGAGGCAACACACUCGGCUGUAUUGAGAGUUCAUCCUAAGUGUUGGCUUUUUGGGAAAUUGGCUGAGUUAAGAAGAUACACAAAGCGUCAGUAAGUCCAAGGUGGAGCAGGUGAGAGGAAAUGUCAGAGGGUGACGUGGCCAGUCGUCCCCAAGUCUUUGUGGUGGAGAGCCAAACCGGCUUCUUCCCCCCACCCCGACCCGUGAAAAAAACACAAUGGACUCCCACCAGAAGCAAGUGUCUUCUGCUGGUGGUGGCGCUGGCUACGCUGGGACUUGUUGUGGAAGGAUGUUUUGUCUAUAAACUUUACAUGAAAACCGAGGCAUUUUCCAUCUGCGUAUCAGAUCCUCUCUGUCGGAACAUGUCCAACUCCAAAAUAUCCGCCCAACAGGUUGGCUCCUUCCAAGAUCCAGCGGCAUCCAAAAGAGGCUCGAAUGAGAUUCAGCCGGUUCAAACUCUGCUGGGACCUAAGCCCUUUGCUCACCUGAUGUGCAGCAGCAAUCCUGUUGGGGAGAAAAAUGUGGUGCAGUGGGUUGACAAAGAUGGUGACGCCAUCACCCACCAAAUGGGCUACAACAAUGGCCGCCUGUUGGUGGAGAAGGAAGGUUAUUACUACCUCUACUCCAAAGUGCAGAUAAAUGCUGCAGAGGUGUGUUCUCUUAUCCAGCACAAGGUGAUGAAAGACACGGCCGCAUACGACCAAUCCAUCGAACUUAUGAAAUCAAAGAGGACCCGCUGCUGGACUCCUAAACCUUCAAGUGUCAAGUCAUCAGGUGGGGAGGAUAUAUGGGACAGUUACCUGGCAGGGAUCUUCCACCUGCAGUCCGGAGAUCGAAUUUUCAUCACAUUGGAUAGUAUACAGAAAUUGCGUCCCGGACCGACUGAAAACUUUAUGGGAGCCUUCAUGGUAUCUCCAUAGAAACAUAUUCCAAAAAAAGACUAAUUUCACACUUGUGUCAUUAUGAUUAGCUUCUUCCUUUUUUGUUUGAAUGUAUUCGAAGAACUUUUGCAAAUUAUUGCAAUCUCAUAAAACUGUAUCUGAUAUUCAGACUAGAUUAUUUGUUGAAGGAAUAAAAGUUCUGUAUGUUGAAUCGGUAUGGGAUGAAUACAUUAUCCCAAAUUGUGAAAAUAUUUGUUAGAAAGUCUAUAGUAAAGCGCCCCAAGCACUUGUAGACAAACCACAGAAUUACAGGUGCAAAUUUAUUGAUGUGUUGUAAAACACACGCCUAAGAGAGAUGAGCAACAAAGAUGACUCAGCUAUUCUUGCAAUGCGUAAUGAGAAAAGAGUCCUCUCGUCUCACUUGCUCUUCUUUGGUUUAAUCACUCAAGUCUUGCAAUGGAUGUUUACAUGUUGUACCAUUGAAAUAUGUGAUCUGUAGGGAUUAAGGCUCUAAUUCCUAAAAUGGCGCAGAAUGAAAAGGGCGGCAUCUUGA